GCAACCACAGCCGCAGCCAUGAAGUGCCUCCUGCUCGCCCUGGGCCUGGCCCUCGUGUGUGGCAUCCAGGCCAUCGUCGUCCCCCAGACCACGAGGGCCCUGGAUAUAAGAAAGGUGGCUGGGACGUGGCACUCCUUGGCCAUAGCGGCCAGUGACAUCUCCCUCCUGGACGCCGAGACCGCCCCCCUGAGAGUGUACGUCCAGGAGCUGAGACCCACCCCCGAGGGCAACCUGGAGAUCGUUCUGCGCAAAUGGGAAAACAGUGCAUGCGUUGAGGGGAACAUCGUGGCCCAGAAGACUGAGGACCCAGCCGUGUUCACGGUCGACUACCAAGGGCAAAGAAAGAUUUUCGUGCUGGACACAGACUACACCCACUACCUGUUCUUCUGCAUGGAGGCCCCCGUGCCCACCGCUGAGAGCGGCAUGAUGUGCCAGUACCUGGCCAGGACCCUGAAGGUCGACAACGAGGUCAUGGGGAAAUUCAACAGAGCCCUCGAGACUCUGCCCGUGCACGUGCAGAUCAUCCCGGACCUGACCCAGGGCAAGGAGCAGUGCCACGUCUAGGUGAGCUCCUGCCUGACCCGCCUCCUGGGGUCCCAGAGACGACAUCGUCCCCUCCCUCCCCCUUCAGAGGAAUCAGGAGGGACCAGGCCCCAGGUCCUGUGGGACCCGCUCCUCCAGGGGACGGGGUCCUCGGGGCGCCAGCCUGGGGUGCCCUGCUCUGAGCCACUCCUCCCGCAGCAAUAAAGAA